UGAAUAAAUUAAUAUUAUUUUCCCUUUUUUAUUAACACUGAAUUUUCACAUGUUUGAACUAUUUAGAUGAAGAUAACCUUGUAUUUUGGACCAGAGUCAAAAACUUUUAUUUAUAUUUUUAAUGUUAUAUAUAUUAAAUGUGUUUACGUCUAAUGUACCUACGACUUAUGAAUUAAAUACUUAUAUGUAUAAUAUAAUAUUAUUAAUUUUGCCCACGAUGAUAUGUCAAUCAGACAUCAGUAAAUCAGUGAAUGUCAGUCAACUGUAAAAAUUAAUUAUGUAAUUAUCAGCGUGCGCCGUGCUUUCAUUUAAGUAUUUCGCAACGUUUAGUCGAUAAUCAAUUUGUAUUUAGACCGACGGGAUUAUAAAUAAUAAUACAUGUGAUGCAAAAAACAACUGAGAACUGACACUUUCUAUCAAACUGUAUGCAACAAUAUUAAUAUGCUGCUCAAAGUUCUUUUACUGUAACGCAUAGAAAAUUGUAUCAAUUAUUCAAUUGGUCAACUUUUAGUAAGCCUCACUAUGUCAAUUAAAAGCUUUGUUUGGAAACCAAAUUUAUUAAUGGCAUCAUCAAGUUGUCGGGCACAAGCAGUAUGCCGCACAUUCUCAAGGCGCUGCAAAAAAUCAUUAUCAAAUGAUUCAUUACUAUUAUCUAUUUUAAAAAAACGUACUAAAAGUUUUUUUAAAAAACAAGACUUUGGUGCUCAUAUUGCAAGAACUAAAAAGGUAAUGAUUGCUUGUAAAAAAAUGAUUACUGCAGUCAAUAAGUUCAAGCAACAGUUGGCUAAACACAGAAAAAACUUGAUCAUGUGUGUGGCUAUGGCUUUUACAUUUGAUUGGUAUAAAGAAAGAAUAUGUGUUGAUGAACUAAUCAGGUUACGCCAAGAAUUUGGAAUUGUCAAAAAAUUAAAUAAUAAAUCCACUUCAGAUGAUAUUAUGCAAGAUGAGCAAAGUAGUAUUUCUCAAAAAACUGAUUCUAAUAAUAAUGAACUAAAGUUAUCCAUGUCGAAGACAGAAAAUAACCAAAACAAAUUUGAUUGUUCAUACACUAGUUGUGAUUGUCCCAGAUGUAGAAACAUGAGUGAAGAAGGAUGGGAACCUUUUACAAAUGGUUCUUAUUACAAUGCUUGGAAAAAACCUAAUAUUGAUUACCCAGAUCAAAAUUUAUAUAUUUAUAAAGUGCAUGGAUCAUUUAAUGAUAUAACAGCAUUGGACUUCAUGCAAGUGCAGUUAGACCUUGACUAUCGAAAAGAAUGGGAUAGUAUGUCUGUAGACUUGGAUAUUUUUGAUUCUGAGCCUCUUACACAUAGUGAUCUCAUUUAUUGGGAACUUCGUUGGCCGAAAUGGUUUCAAAAUCGUGAUUACGUGUUUAAACGGCGUUACAAAAUUGAUGAAGAUGAAAAAUUAAUGUUAAUUGUUUGCGAAAGCGUUGAACAUCCUGAUUUUCCUGAGAAGAGUAAUAAAUGGAGAGUAAAAAAUUACUGGUCAUAUAUCGUCAUCAAACCACAUGAAGAUUUUGAUAAGCCAGGAGUUGAGUUUUCAAUCACUUACUUUGACGAUCCUGGAGUUUCUGUUUCAAAUUACCUCAUGUCGUGGUACCAGUGUAAAGGAAUGCCUUCAUUUUUAAAUGAGCAACGAUUAGCUGCAUUAGAAUUAACAAAACGUCGCUUUGAAGAAAAUAAAAUUUUAAAACCUGAUAAAACUAACCUAGAAACCAAACUAGAUCAACCACAGAAUCAAACAUCUUGGAUUUCUUGGCUUUUUGGAUACUUUUUAUUUUAAAUGACAUUAUUGAAUGUAAGAUAGUUAUUAAAUAGUCAAUAAAAGAAAAAAAAGUUAAUGCAAAAACCUAAAUAAAAUAAUGACUGUAUUUUACUUGCAUCCCGUAAGAUUGUUAAGAAUUUACAAUAUUCCAAUAGGUAAAUUGCGUCCUAAAUGUUUGGACACAACUUACUUAUUAUAUUUAUUGAUGGUUUAUUUGCUUCCUAAACGAUAAUUUCGAUUACAAUAUGAUUGAGAACUUUAGAAUUAUAAAAAUUAAGCGUAAUAGUCAAUAAAGUAUUGACGAUAAUGACCAUUCUCAAUCGUACUUCUAUCAUAAUUUCUUAUCAAUAUAAUUUUAUUAUAUUGUUACGAAAUUAUCAAUUAAAAUACGAUUAACAUAAUUGAAAUACAACUGGUAAGUUGCGUCCUAACCACUUGGAUGUAACUUAUCUUUGAUAAUAAUUAACAAGUAACUUGUGUCGAAACUAUUCGGAUGUAAGUUACUUGCUUUUAUCAAUUUGGGACGCAAGUAGUUUGUACUGAAAAUAAUUCCUAUUGUUAUUAAAUAAUAUGUACAUAAUUAUUCCGGUAAAAGGUCUUGAACUUGUUCAUCUGCAAAUUCUUUUUCUAAUGAUGUGAUUGGUCUUGAUGUGGAUGUGCGUGGUCUUUGUGAGGGUCCCAAUGGAUCAUUAUACAUUUCUAUAUGAAAAUAUUAAUUAUUUAUAAUUACAUACAUUAUAGCAUUGAUUAUAGUUAUUACUGUUAGUGCUGUAACUAGCCUUCAUUGUGUCUCUUAAGUAUAUUAUGAAAAUAUUGUUCUUAUCAUAUUGUUUUUAAUUAUAAUUAAUAUAUAAAAUACUUAAGGUUCACAAACACAUA